GAUUACGAAAAUAAAAUCCCCCAUACGCCCCUAGCGAACCGACGCCUGUUGGUCCCCGCGAUUAACCGUCGUCCCGACCCGCGGCGGUCGAAUUUUUGUAGUUUUAAAACGCGUCGAUUGCCCAUGACGAAUUGCAUUCGUUUCACACGCCCGCUAUGUAUAGUAUAAUAUAUUUUAAAUUACCGUCAAUUAACCGUUAAAUAUUAUGCUAUUACCUAUCUAGUUUCUCGUUUUCGUAUUCAUAGUUCGCUUUUCGUUUCGUUCGGUUCCGUAAGAGUGACGACCGACUGCCGCCGAGUGGUGCGGCCGCUAAAAUACAUUGCGAUAAUAAUAAUAUUCUAUCGUACGACGACGAUAACUAUAAUACAUAAGUCUACGGCCGUCGGCGCGAUCCAUUAAUAUAUCGUCGCGAUUUACCGCGCUCGCCACCUUUACGCCGCCGCCGAGCCGAUUUGUACGUCGUCGUCAUCGUCGCCGUACGCGUAAUUAUUAAUUGUAAUUGCAGUCGUACACAGCCUGUGCAACGUGUCCGCGACGGCGUGAACUUUUAACGUCCGUCAUCGCCGCCGCCACCGAAUGCUUGGAAUGCUAUAGCCGUUCGCGCACACGCCCGACUCGGGCGGUUCUAUUAUUAAACGCGUCCGUCGUUGUCGACGCGGUGGUGCGGUGCACCGCGUUGGGAGCGCGCGUCGUAUUAUUACGACAAUAAUAAUUGUGGACUGCAGGCACGGCGUCGUCGUGUGAAAAUAAUUCACGUGUGGCACACAAUAAUACACAAUAGAAAUACAUAAUGUAAUAUAUAUAAUAUGUAACGAUGAUAAUGUAGUUAAUAUAAUAUACCAUAUUAUAAUCACAAUAUUGUGCUACAACAACAACAACAACAACAACAAUAUACAAUAAUAAAUGGUCGUGGCGGGGAGGAGGAGACACUAUCUCGUCGAUGCAAGGCGCCGAUAGCCAGCCUGGACUGCAUGGCCGACCUGGGCAGCACCACGGAACAGCUGUGCGCCAAGCUGCAAGCGGCCGCGGUCAAGGAGUCGGUUGACCGGGUGUCGUCCGCGGCGCAGUCGCCUAGCCUGACGUCAGGGCUCCGGUACCGGAACCUGGGAAAGAGCGGCUUGCGCGUGUCGAACAUCGGGCUGGCCACGUGGACAACGUACAACACGGCCAUCAAUGAAGAACAGCUGGACGCAGUGGUGACGGCCGCGUACAAUGCCGGCAUCAACCUGUUCGAUCUGACCGAGGGUCCGCAGAGCAGCGAACAGGCUGAGACCCAGCUUGGUGCCAUACUCAAGAGGAAAAACUGGAAACGUGUGUCGUACAGCGUCAUCACCAAAAUACACUGGCACUAUAAGUCCGAAGAACGAGGGUUGUCACGUAAACAUAUCAUCGAAUCGGUUCGAUCGUCCGUCGCUAGGCUUGAACUCGACUACAUAGACAUAGUUCUGAUACAAAAAGCCGAUCCGAUGUGUCCGCUCGAAGAAGUAGUUAGAGCCAUGGAUUUUCUCGUAUCGGAAGGACUAAUAAUGUAUUGGGGCACAGCUAAAUGGUCACCGAUCGAUGUCACGGAAAUGUACACUGCUUGCAGACAGUUGAAUUGCUCAACACCUAUCUUAGAACAAUCCGAAUACCAUAUGUUGUGCAGGGAAAAAGUUGAGAUUUAUAUGCCUGAACUGUACAAUAAAAUCGGAGUGGGUUUAAUGGCUUGGUCGCCAUUAGCCAUGGGAUUAUUGCCUUCCUUCAAAGACUCGCUCAGAAGUCGAUCCUCCAAUAGGACAAAAGCUUCCAGUAUCAGUUGGAACCAAGACGAUCGAAAACCUCCCAGUAAAGAGAACAACGAACCAUUGACAGCAAGAAAUACUAAGGAAAUAUUGUUUUCAAUUUCAUUAAUAGCAGACCGUCUAGGCUGUAGCUUAGUUCAACUGUGUAUAGCAUGGACAUUAAAAAACGAAAGUGUUCAAUGUCUCUUACUAGGAGCAGCAACAACACACCAGUUUUAUCAUGCUUUGCACGGAUUACAGUUGUUGCCAAAACUCAACUCAAAUGUAAUGGCUGAAUUGGAGCGUAUACUGGAUAAUAAGCCGGUACGACCCCCAAUGGUAUCAACUCUAGCUAUGAGAUGACAAACAGUGUGCCCUCCCGGUGUGUUGGGGGGCACAGGCAUGUCGGCUGAUGGCAUGAAAGACAGCAAUGAUGAGUACGACAUGAAAGAACGAAAAGUGCCAUUUUGUGUGCUUCAAUAAAAAAAAAUAGUUCAUGUGGCGAAUAUUGUAAUCUUGUUAGAAUUAUAGUUUGAAGUUAAAUAUACGUCCAAUUUUAAUUGA